AUGAAGGUAAUGAUGGAUACAGGUGCAAAUCGAUCUUUUAUUUCAAUCAAAGCAUUAGAUCCAUCCUAUGGUAAGCAAUUUAUUAAUAAAUCACAUAGUCGUGUAAUUUUAGCUGAUGGUUAUACAUCUCUUUCUGUUUUUGGUACAAUGAAUUUAUUUAUUAUGAUGGAUGAUAUGUCAACUUCUAUUAAGGCAUUAUUCGUUAAAGAAUUAUGUGCCAAUUGUAUAUUAGGUAUGGAAUUCAUUCAUAAAUAUAAAUUAUUUAUUAAUACUGAAGAACAAAUAGUUUCCAUUAGUGAUAAUUAUAAAUGUAUCACAUUAAAAUUUGAUAUUAACAAAGAUGACAUAAGAUAUUCUGCAUGUCUAAUUAAUAAUGUCCGGAUUCCACCAAAGCGAACAGUAACAGUUCCUGUAUCUGUAGAAUUAUCAUCAGCUAAAGUAUUAUUUCGUCCAUGCUUUAAAUUACAACAACGCUUACCUAUAUUUAUGUUAAAUUCUUCAUUAACUAUUCAUCAUCAUACUUCAUCUAUUUCGCUUCAUAAUCCAACAACUUACUCAUGUUUAUUACCGAAGGGAAUUGUUUUGGAAACAAUAACUAUUCCUAUAUUAUCCUUCAAAAGAAACUCAAUUAUUGAUCAUCGAUCCGUAAAUAACAACAUUACUAAUUUAACUCGACAUACUGAUAAUCCUGAACAACAAGAUAGAGUUGAAACUCUUCUUAAUCAAUUUGCAAAAUUACUUGGUACUAGUAAAUUAACAAUUGCUACUAAUGUAAAAUCUCAUGCUAUUAAAACACUUGAUCAUCCUCGACCAGUAUCCAAACCAUAUUAUUCUACUCCAAGUGAACAAGAAGAAAUGUAUAAGAUAAUACAAGAUUUAUUGCAUUUUGGAUGA